ACAACCGAGCAAACAGCUAAACACGGAAGUAACGCAGUUGCUGCCAACAAAAUAAAACAUAUUAUUUGUUGUUGGGUUAAUUUGACCGUUAAAACAUAUAUUUAAUGCCAUGAUUUUGUCCGUAAAUACACCAUUUAAAAAAAAAAACUGAGGUCGUUUAUUGAGCGUUAAAGUUGACAGGACAAUGUAUAAUAAAGCGUGUGGAUAUCGGUCUCUACCGCAACGAGACUCGGUCCCUGCCAAACCUGGGCUGUUCGUGGCGACAGAAAGCUUUGUCCAGUCUCCAUUCCACCAUCACACAGGACAAGGACUUUCCUUUGACUACAUCCCCAAUGUUAGAGACAACGACUACCGUGAUUCCACUCAGGGAUGGCUGUCCUGGAUCUGCAAUGUGAUCGUCUGCUUCAUGGUGUAUAUCUGCACCUUCAUAACCUUCCCCAUAUCAGGCUGGUUCGUACUGAAGGUCGUCCCUAACUACCAGCGCGUCGUAGUGUUCCGUCUGGGCAGAGUACGUCCUCCUAAAGGUCCAGGAGUUGUGUUGGUCCUGCCUCUUAUUGACCAGUGGCAGAGAGUUGACCUACGAACCCGCGCCUUCAACAUCCCUCCAUGCCAGGUUACUACCAGGGACGGCGGUGUGGUGUCUGUAGGAGCAGAUAUCCAGUUCCGUAUCUGGAGCCCGGUGAUGUCAGUGGUCUCGGUUCAGGAUCUUAACGCCUCGACACGCCUCACUGCCCACAACGCCAUGACAACCAGCCUGGGCAGGAAGAGCGUCAGGGAGAUUCAGACUGAGAGAAUCAAACUGGGAGAAUACCUCGGGAUGGACAUCAAUGAGACGACCAAGCCCUGGGGUCUGGAGGUAGACAGGGUAGAGCUGACCGUAGGUGCUGUCCUGAAGCCCCCAGAGGACUGUCCAUCUGGGCCCGGCUCGGUCAUCCUACCCCCUAUCCCUGGUCUCGAGGGACUGGCCGGACCCAUACAACAACUGGCUAUGCACUUCCUGGGCAAUAUGGCUGGCGGUAACAAUGGAUCUCCCCUGGUUAGGACAGAGGACAGCAUCAGCUUCUCAGACGAGGUGAGCAGUACUCCCCUGGCUAUAAGUCGUACCGGAGGCGGGGAUGAAGCUGUAACCGGGCCCGUGUCCGUGCUGGGACUGAUGGACGGCCUUUUACUCUCAGAGUCUCUGGUCAGUCAGGUGGGAGCCUGCUUCCUGUUCCUCCUCCAAUCACCUGACGGACAACAGACCAGCUAUUACGUAGACCUCAGCCAAGGUAGUGGUUCAGCCGGACCAGGGUCCCCUCCAGAGGGCCUGGUACCAGACGUCACCUUCAGUAUGACGGACCAGGACCUGCUGGCUAUGUUCGAGGGAACCCUACGACCCUUCGCAGCCUACACCACUGGACGACUCAAGGUCCAGGGAGACCUGAAGACUGCCAUGAAGCUGGAGGAAGUCAUCAAGCUACUCAGGCCUUAAGCACUGGCUUCAGACCUGCCUUUUAUACAAAUACCAGGUCCUAGAAAUACAGGAUUCAGGCCUUGAGCACUGGCUUCAGACCUGCCUUUAUACAAAUACCAGGUCCUAGAAAUACAGGAUUCAGGCCUUAACCACUGGCUUCAGACCUGCCUUUAUACAAAUACCAGGUCCUAGAAAUACAGGAUUCAGGCCUUAACCACUGGCUUCAGACCUGCCUUUAUACAAAUACCAGGUCCUAGAAAUACAGGAUUCAGGCCUUGAGCACUGGCUUCAGACCUGCCUUUAUACAAAUACCAGGUCCUAGAAAUACAGGAUUCAGGCCUUGAGCACUGGCUUCAGACCUGCCUUUAUACAAAUACCAGGUCCUAGAAAUACAGGAUUCAGGCCUUGAGCACUGGCUUCAGACCUGCCUUUAUACAAAUACCAGGUCCUAGAAAUACAUGGUCACUAAUAACAGUUCACAUAGACCCAUCUCUUUCAUGUUGUGGUUUAAAAAGUAACAUAAAUGACAUGCAUGUCCAUCUCUCAUGGCUCAAAGUGGAGGAGAGAUUUGACUUCAUCACUACUUGUUUUUGUAAGAAGUGUUGACAUGCUGAAUGUAAUGAGGUGUCUGUUUAAACUACUGGCACACAGCUCAGACACCCAUCCAUACCCCACAAGACAUGCCACCAGAGGUCUGUUUAAACUACUAGCACACAGCUCAGACACCCAUACA